GGAGGUUUGGCGCCAGCUUCGGAGCGGGGGGCGGCGGGUAGCGGCUGCCGUUAAAAGCGGCGCGGGCCGCGCUGUCAGCACAGACGCGGGAGCUCCAAGCGCCUCCGCUCGCCUCCAUGGAGCCCACACCGCUCGGGUCUUACCACCGCCAGCAGCACCGCCGCCGCCUUGCGCUGCUUUCUCCGGCUUCCCCCGCCGUGGUUAAGGCUCUUUUUCCCGACGACCUCUCGCCGGUCUCCGAUCUCCGCCUCACGAUGGAGCAGCUGGGGCGCAGUCAGCAUGAACACAGGGAGCAAGAUGUGGGAACCAAGAACACUAAUGGCUUACAGAGAUCAGCGUCGUCGGAAUCAACAGACUCAGGUUGUGCUUUGGAUUCCCCUGGUGCUGCAGCCUCAGACGACAUGGAGGAAACGUUUGAGAAGGCGUUUCUCGAAUCCAGCAGGCUGAACUUUCGAAUGCCUUUCAGAAGAAUCCACUCCCUGCCACAAAGCCUCCUGGGCUCAAGUCCUGCUCUGAAGAGAAACCACUCUGACUCCCUGGACGAUGGUUUUCAGCAGCUGGAACCAGAUGACAAUAAGGAGAACGAAUCCUUUGAGUUUAAGAAGCCAACCAAACCAGCUUCUCGCCCUGGGCACUGCCAUGCCCGGGAUGGCAGAGCUCUUCCUGGACCCAGGCAGAACUCAUCUCCAGCUCAGAAAUUUCCCAUGGGUGAAACACCCCCAGGUGACCCAGAACAUUCCAGGGCACCUUUCCUGCAGCAGCCUGCUCUGACUUCCUCAGAAAGUGAAGAUGAUGAUGGAUUCCUCGAGCUACUGGAUGAGCAAGAUUUGAAGAACGACGAGGAGAUGCCAUCUGAUGUGGCCAGCCUCUGGACUGCCCCCCUGGUCAUGAGGAGAGCACACAGUCGGGCCAAACGGUGCCGAUUGUUUGGCUCCUCAUCUCUGUCUGGUGGGGUGGGAAGGGCCACCCAGAAGAGGAUGGAGAGAUCCCAGGAAGAGAAUUCUCCAGGGAAAAGCAAGAAGAGGAAAAGCCUGCCUGGAACAGCUUCUGAGGACUCCACGAGCAUGAAAAUCGUGAAGACACAGUCCUCCACAGCAGAGAUUGAAAGCAUUUUGGAUAGUGACCAGAGAGACCUCAUAGGUGACUUCUCAAAGGGUUAUUUGUUCAGCACUGUUGAUGGGAAGCAUCAAGAUUUAAAAUACAUUGACUCAGAAAUGAUUGUGUCUGUGCUGACUGGGAAGUUUGCAAGCUCCAUCAAGAAAUGUGUGAUAAUUGAUUGCAGAUAUCCAUACGAGUAUGAAGGAGGCCACAUCAAGGGAGCUGUGAACCUGCACAUGGAGGAGGAUGUGGAGGAGUACCUGCUCAAGAAGCCCAUCCAGCCCUCGGAGAACAAGCGAGUGAUCGUCGUGUUCCACUGCGAGUUCUCCUCCGAGCGGGGCCCUCGCAUGUGCCGGUUUGUGAGAGAGCGGGACAGGCUGGGCAAUGAGUACCCCAACCUGCACUACCCAGAGCUCUAUGUCCUCAAGGGGGGGUACAAGGACUUCUUCCUCAGGUGCCGGAGCUUCUGUGAGCCCCAGAGCUAUCGGCCCAUGCACCACGAAGACUUCAAAGAAGACUUGAAAAGGUUCCGCACCAAGAGCCGAACCUGGGCGGGGGAGAAAAGCAAAAGGGAACUGUACAGUCGCCUGAAGAAGCUCUGAGGGCUGAGCUGAGCACACAGAGACUGCCUGUGGGGGGGAGCUGAGCCUGAUCCUUCCUGGGGGUUUAUCAGGUUCCAGCUCUGCCCAGCCGUGGCCUUUCGGGAACACUCCAGCCCGUGGCCACAAGCCUGGGCUGAGGCGCUCGGCUGGUGCCUGGGACCUGACUCUUGACAAUAUUCUUGUUACGCUGCUUCGUGGAAAUGGCUUCUUGUGUCCUGUGUCACCCCCACACUGCCCCCAGCGUGCCCUGGGGAGGGGGAGAGGCUGUCAGCUGGUGUGGGUGAGCAGUCAGGGUGUCUUAGUGCUUGUUGGUUGUU